CAUUAGAACACAACCUCGUCCCCUUAUUCCUCUUUCUUCUACUUUGAACUAGUUUCUGCCGAAAACGGAUAAUGAUAAUGGUGUCUCCGAUAAUUUCCCCUCCUUCAUCUUCAUCUUCCACACUUCAUCUUCAUUCCUUCGAAUCUACCUUCUUCUUCUCCACUCCCUUACUUCCACAAAGGAACAUACGAUUUCAAAGUAGAUGCAAUAAGUUUGAGAAGCAUAGAUGGAAAGAUGCUGUACGGUGCAGAUUUAUCAGCUCCAAUGCACCUUCAACUUCAACAUCAAAUUCAAAUUCAAUGACGUUGAUGAAGGAACCUCACAAGUACUUUGACCAAGUUUUCAUUACCGUUCGUGCUGGUGAUGGUGGGCAUGGAGCUAUACUCAAUGCCCCCAAUACUCAAAGAUCACCAACAAAACAAGACCAGAAGAAGGAUAAGGACAAGAUUAAGAAGAAAAGCUCCUUGAAGAGGGACUUUGAUGGUUCACUCAUACUCCCAAUGGGUGGACAUGGUGGUGAUGUGGUUAUCUACGCAGAUGAGGGAAAGGACACAUUGUUGGAAUUUCACAACAAGGGAAGGUACAAUGCUAAGCGUGGUGGAAAUGUUGAUGCAAUGGGUGUGUUAAGUUCACUGUUGCGUAAUGGAAUCACGGCCCCAACUUUGCGCAUUCCUGUGCCUGUAGGUACAGUUGUGAAAAACAAACGAGGGAAGACGUUGGCUGAUCUAGCACAACCUGGCGAUGAAGUUCUUGUAGCUAGGGGUGGACAAGGAGGGAUUAGUUUGUUAGAAGUUCCACAGCAUCAAAAGAAAAGGAUGAUGACUUUGACAACUAACGUGAUGAGAGAUGAAUCUGAUAAGGUAUUAGUUCACGGUCAGCCUGGGGAAGAAAUUAAAUUGGAGUUGAUCCUGCGAGUAGUUGCCGAUGUUGGUCUAGUUGGACUUCCAAAUGCUGGAAAAUCGACACUUCUGGCAGCGAUUACACUCGCAAAACCUGACAUUGCUGACUAUCCAUUUACAACAUUAAUGCCAAACCUCGGCCGCCUUGGCGGUGAUCCUACCUUAGGGGCAGGGAUGUAUUCAUCUGAAGCUACGUUGGCAGAUUUGCCUGGCCUUAUAGAAGGAGCUCACUUAGGGAAGGGUCUUGGCCGCAAUUUUUUGAGGCACCUGAGGCGGACUCGAGUGUUGGUUCAUGUUGUUGAUGCGGCCGCUGAGAACCCUAUAAAUGACUACAGAACUGUUAGAGAAGAGUUGCGCAUGUAUAAUCCCGAGUACCUUGAAAGACCAUACAUUGUUGUUUUGAAUAAGAUUGACCUAUCCGAGGCAAAGAACAGGCUUUCAUCACUUUCUGAAGAAAUUAUGAAAAUAGGCAACAAUAGCACAGCUUCUGAACCGAAACCAAGUCCGGAAGUUCCGGAUGAAUCAUCAUCUGAUGAAGGUGACCUGCCGGAGAAAGCGCUCGAGGACUAUCCACCACCUCUCUCGGUUGUUGGAGUUAGUGUUCUAAAGGGUAUCAAGAUAAAGGAGAUGUUGAAGGAAAUAAGGGCUGCUUUAAGGAAGUGCACUGGUUCCAAUGAGCCUUCGAGUGUGCCACCGCCGCCUUGAGAUAUGUGCUAUGCUUUUUUAAACGACGUUGAUGUGGCGGUUCAAUGACUGGUCCGGCACAAAUUCGGCUUUACCAAAGAACACAGCUCAUGCUAAGUUCAAGUUGUUCUUAAGGACCAUAAUAGUAGUGAGACAAUGGAAGCAUCGAGUUGAAGAGUCAAAUUUGUUCAACCACAUGGUUAUUAGCAAGGUUGAGAAUUUUGCUCGAUGAGUUAUAUCAAAAAGUUCUAUACUUCUAUGUAACAUAUAUGAUAAGUUAUGUUUGUAAAAUGAUAAUUAUUUUGUCUGUUAGGCUCAUAUCUAGGUAAAUUAUUUGGACAAACAUAGCAUGUAUAGUACUCUUGAAUAUUUGGACAAAUGUCUAUUAUCACUAAUUGUUUGCUCUUAA